AGGAGCGGCGGAGAGGGGGGGCUUGCUGGGGCUGGGGAUGGGGGAGUGGGCGGAGCGCCGGAUCCGCCUGCUCUGGAGCCGCGGCUGCAGCGGGAGGGAAGCUGCUGAAAACCAGAGAACAUCUUCACUGAGCACCCGGCUAGUGAGCGGCGCGCUCUACUUGCGGUUGAUCUUUUUCCUUCCUCUGAUGCCCCAUGAUGGAGGAGAUGGAGGAAGAGCUGAAGUGCCCGGUGUGCGGGGCUUUUUACCGGGAGCCCAUCAUUUUGCCCUGCUCCCACAACCUGUGCAUGGCUUGCGCUCGCAACAUCCUGGUCCAGACGCCUGAAGCCGAGUCUCCUCCAAGCCGCGCUUCAGGCUCCGACUACGACUACCUGGACCUGGACAAGAUGAGCCUGUACAGCGAAGCCGACAGCGGCUACGGCUCCUACGCCGGCUUCGCGAGCGCCCCGACCACCCCGUGUCAGCGGUCCCCGAACGGGGUGAGGGUCUUCCCGCCAUCGCCGGCGGUGCCCCCCCGCAACUCGUGCAUCACUUGCCCGCAGUGCCACCGCAGCCUGAUCCUGGACGAGCGGGGGCUCCGCGGCUUCCCCAAGAACCGAGUGCUCGAAGGGAUCAUCGACCGCUACCAGCAGGGCCGGGCCGUGGCCCUCAAGUGCCAGCUCUGCGAGAAGGCGCCCAAGGAGGCCACGGUCAUGUGCGAGCAGUGCGACGUCUUUUACUGCGAGGCUUGCCGGUUGAGGUGCCAUCCCCCCCGCGGCCCGCUCGUCAAGCAUCGCCUUCUCCCUCCCGCCCAAGGCAGAAUCUGCCGGAGGCUGAGCCCGCGCAAAAUCUCCACCUGCACCGACCACGAGCUGGAGAAUCACAGCAUGUACUGUGUCAACUGCAAGACCCCGGUCUGUUACCAGUGCCUGGAGGAAGGUAAACACUCCAGUCAUGAAGUGAAGGCACUCGGAGCCAUGUGGAAACUUCAUAAGAAUCAGCUUUCUCAAGCAUUGAAUGGGUUGUCAGAGAAGGCAAAGGAUGCCAAAGAGUUCUUGUCAUUGCUAAGGAGUAUGGUGCAGCAAAUCCAGGAAAACAGUGUUGAGUUUGAAGCUUGUCUUGUUGCCCAGUGUGAUGCCCUCAUUGAAGCUUUGAACAGAAGGAAGGGACAGUUGCUUUCACGGGUGACCAAAGAACACGAACAUAAACUUAAGGUGGUCAGAGAUCAAAUCAGUCAUUGCACAGUUAAACUGCGCCAAACUACUGGCCUGAUGGAAUAUUGUUUGGAGGUAAUUAAGGAGAAUGACCCCAGUGGUUUUUUACAGAUAUCGGAUGCUUUAAUAAGGCGUGUGCAUUUUACUGAUGAACAAUGGGGUAAAGGAAUACUUCAACCUCGCAUGAAUACUGAUUUUGAUUUAACGCUGGAUAAUGCAUCAUUGCUACAAACUAUUCUUCAGUUGGACUUUGUACAAAUGAAAGUUCCCUCUCCAGUGCCAUCAGCCCCAAUCCUGCAGCUGGAGGAAUGUUGUACUCGCAACAACAGUGUUACGUUGUCAUGGAAGCAGCCACCACUCUCGUUGGUUCAAGCAGAAGGUUACAUACUGGAACUAGAUGAUGGAAAUGGAGGUCAAUUUAGAGAGGUGUAUGUAGGAAAAGAAACCAUGUGCACUGUUGAUGGGCUACAUUUCAACAGCACUUACAGUUCCCGAGUGAAAGCUUUCAACAAGUCAGGAGUGGGUCCUUACAGCAAGACACUUGUCCUGCAGACUUCAGAGGAUACCACCUGUCCAUACAAUCAGUUUGCCUGGUUUGGUUUUGAUUCGGGUUCAGCUCAUCCUGACAUUCUGUUCUCUAAUGACAACCUCACUGUUACCUGCAACAGCUAUGAUGACAGGGUAGUACUAGGAAACACUGGAUUUUCCCGAGGUAUCCAUUACUGGGAGCUGAGUAUUGACCGCUACGACAACCAUCCUGACCCUGCAUUUGGUGUGGCCCGUAUAGAUGUCUUGAAAGAUGUCAUGUUAGGAAAGGAUGAUAAAGCCUGGGCAAUGUAUGUUGACAACAAUCGAAGCUGGUUUAUGCAUAACAACUCUCACACUAACAGAACUGAGGGAGGUAUUACCAAAGGAGUCACUGUUGGUGUGCUCUUGGAUUUCAACAGACGAACACUUAACUUUUCCAUUAAUGAUGAGCAACAGGGACCUGUUGCCUUUGAAGAUAUGGAAGGUCUCCUGUUCCCAGCAGUAAGCCUGAAUAGAAACGUACAGGUGACACUCCACACUGGUUUGGAAAUUCCUCAAACACCUCCUGCUGCUGCUGCCGCCGCUGCUGCUGCUUGUGCUACAGCAAGAGACCCAACAGCAUCUUAAUCCAGGUCAUUCUACAAAACCUGCUGUAUUGUCUUUUGGGAUCCAAGUGACAGGAAUCCCUGCCUGCUGCUAAGAUUCUUAAAAGAUUCAACAUCUCUUGAUACAAGUUUGCUAGUUGGUGCUUAAUGACUGGAGGAAUACCAAAAAUAGUUGAAGUUUCUACAGUCAUGAUAUCAGAACAUUUGUGUUUGUUUUGACGCUUCGUGCUAACUAAAAUUGUAAAAGUAUCAAUGCAGCCUGAAAUGUAAUUUAAUGUCAAGCAUAUUUUCUGUUUACUGAUUUAUUUUUUAUGCUACUAAAAUUGUCGUGCAUACAGGUUUAGCUGCCGCAGAAAGAAAAACUGCAGUGCAGUGUAAUUGUAGAAAGUGCUAUAUUUCUAAUCAAUUACAUUGCAAGGUAUUCACAGUUGCUAUUAACCUCCAGGAUUUAUUCUUUCCUGUUGCCUUUGAAUCUAUAUUCAACACCAUUCCAAAUCAGCUAUUUGAAUUACCAAAAGUAAUCUGCACAUCUUCACUAAACUGAUAAGAUUCCUGUUCAGACAUUGAAAGGGAAAGAUUACAAUAAGUAACAUACCUGGAACACCCAAGAAUUAGGAAAUACUCAGUCAGGUACUGUUUAAUCUUGUUUCAAUGACUGUAUAAAUAUUGGGCACUAUGCUGGCUUAAUGAAAGCUAAAGAAGAGUGGGGAUGUGUUACAACACAUGUUGUAGAGUCUUUACAGCAGAGCAGAAGGCCGUUUAGCCCAUUAGGUCUGUGCUGACAAAAUCCUAGACUCAGAUGAUAAAUCUCGUGCUUUUAUAAAAGCAAUUGGGGAAGUUUCAAGGCAUUCUCAAAACUAGUGAGAUAACUGAUUCAGCAUUUGUCUAUGUAUGUGCAGUAUCUGAUAUCGAACCAAAAAUGUGAAUGUGUUUCUUUGGUUGUAUGGUAGAAUAGUUUUGGAAGGAUUUACACAGUUCAAAUUUUAACAUAGUUUACGCACAUUUAUGAUAAAAAUUGAACAAUAGGUUAUUAUUUAGAAAGAGAUAUAAGGAUUUAAGAAUUGUUUUAAUUUGCGAUUAAGAAAAUGUUAUUGGAAGCACAACAUUCUUACAAAGAAUUUUUGAAAAUCUUUGUAGAUUUUCUGUUGCUUGACCAAUUAGUUAAAAGUUUUUAAUGUUUUCUUCGUGCUUCAUUUUAUUUAAAUCUGAAUAUAGUUUUGUGUAACAAAAUAAAUGCCCAUUAUGAAGCCUGAUACCCUACCUGAUAGGAAAAUGAUAUGAUAGAUUAUAGAAUUGAAAUGCACAACAGGAGGCUUUCUAGCCCAUUGAGCCUAUGCAUAACUCUGCAGAUAUUUGAUUUUUCAAGUAUAUAUCAUUCCCUUUUGAAAGGUGCUGUUAUCUAUUUUUGAGGUAAUGUAUUCGAUCUCUGCCAGCAUUUUUUUCACCAGUUAUCCUAAAUCAAUGCCCUUUGUUUACAGACAUUGCAGCUAGAGGAAAUGUUUUCUCCCUAUUGUUUUAUAUUAAAAUUUCUCACAGUUUUGAGCAGUUACUGAAUCUCUCCUUAACCUUAAUUGUUGUAAGGAAAAUAAUCCCAGUAUCUCUGGUUUCUCUACGUCACUGAAAUCCGUUAUCCCUAUCAAUCUGCUAAAGCUGCAUAUUUGCCCUCCCAUGGUCUUAACCUAUGUUUUAAAAUAUGACACCUAGAAUUGGAUAUAAUGAGCCAAAUUUUCACUGCAUCAGAGACCCUGUCCUUAGUGUUAAGAGAUUGCAGCUAAUCAGAAUCCUGCCCCAGAACUGAUCACUUCUUAUUUUGGCAGAUAUGCCACAGUUCCUGGAAACUGCUGAACAGUUAAAUACUCAACCUGUUCCACUUAAGCUAGGUUUUGGUUUCCCUGCUGUGUCAAACCUAACCAGAGCAGGUCUGUGCAGAACAAACCAGAGCAGGUCUGUUUCAGUGGAUUCCCUUUGGAUAGCCACCGUAUACUUUGGAGCAUUCCAUAGAGGUACUUGCACUAACUGAUCAGGAAAGUCAGUAACUUGAAUCACACUAUUAUUGUGACCUAAUGAAUGAAGAGUGAGGCUGGGAUGGUCUGCCAAGGCAAUUAUUUUUUGUCCCUACGUAACAGUUGCACCCAGGUGCAAAGAAAAUAUUCUUCCUUUUGAAGGGCAUAUUGAACUUCAUACAAGAGAGCAUAGAACAUAUGUAUGGCUUGUGUCUCACAUACAGGCCAGUUCAAUAAUUAACUAUGAGUAGUUGGAGUGAAGAAAGAGGGCCGAAGAUCAGGAGGGUUUGCACCAUCAGCACCAAGAACUAGGAGAAUGAUGGCGAAUCAAGUUUUAUCCUGUGGAGAGAGUCUACAGGUAUAAUAUCCUAUUUUAAUCUGAUGGAAAACCCAUGCCACAGGAGGUUUGAAUAGAGUUGAGAGAGAUUAUCACAUAGUAUAGCACCAAAUGGAACCACACUCCUCUGACCACCAUACCUUGACAGUGACUGUAAAGCUAACCGUCUCAAUACAUUUCUGUGCUAUAGACUCUUUCCAGAGCAUAUCAGAUGAUCUGGCUAUUAUUUCCCACUCAGCAGCACAAAGGAUAUUAUGUAAACCCUGUUUGCUCAUAUCACGUAGUACGUUAAUUUCUUUUUGGACAUUCAAAGUCCGAGAUCCACAGGUUUUGUCUGAGUAUAGCUCUCCCCCAGCUGCAGAAUGUUAUUGAUUUACACUCGUUUUGCAAUAAAGGCCCUGUUAUCACAAUAAUGUAUUUGUUCACUUUAUGCAUGCUACCAUGACUACUUUAUAUGAAUGAAUUCUCAAGUCCCUCAUAUAAUUCAGUAACUAAUGCACAUCAGGAUUAGUUUUGAGGGGACAAAGAUCUUGCCUGAUGACAGCCUUUAGAAAUCCACAAUCCAAUGCAAAGUGCAACUGAACAGCAGCAGUUUCACCACAAACAGGAUACAGUGACGAUUGGCAUUGUAAAAAAUGAGACUUGGGUGCUCAGAAAUACUCACUCAGAAGUACAUGCUGCUGUAACAGUUCAUAAAUAACUGUUGUAUGCUGCAUGCGGCAUGACAUGGUGGAGUGGAAGAUCCAAAUAAGUGAGGAUGAGGUCUUGGUCAGACUUGCUACCUCUGAAUGAGAAGUGCUUUCACAUUCAUCCAAUGAUGAAAAAGGAGAGCAGGCCACCACUGUGCACCAAAAUGAAAAUUGCAGGCCACCAUUUUUAAAGGUUGAGUUUGUGGAGCGAGGAAUGUUCCUGUCUCUGUGCUCCCAACCUAGAAAAGCAAAUUGGAGCCAAUAAUUCAGUUGAAGCCUAAGCAGUAAUUUAUAAAGUUAGCAUGAACUGGUUUUUGUGCCCUCUACCUCUACCUAUCAAGCCCAGAAUAUUGUGUGCUUGAUUAACUUGUCCUGCUACUUUCAAGGUUUUGUUAAUAAACAUCCACUCUUCUGACCUGUAAAUUGUACCAUUCUGGUUAGAUUGUCUCUGUUUAGUCUUCCACUUAAAAUACAAAAUUUUUUGCAUUCACUCUGUAUUUAAAUUUCAUGUGUCCCUCUUCCUUAAGUUCUUUCUUUUUUGCUUCCUGUUUUUCAUUCUUUUUUGGAAAAUUGUAGCACUUAUGUUCUCGGCUCAGUUAAUGCAAAUUAAACUUGUAAAUAGGUAUGCAGGCAUGUUUUUAUUUGGGAUUUAGAAUUAAUUAAAUUUUAUGCAAGAUACUGUAUCCCACUUGUUUUGGAUAUUUGUUUUAAACCAGUUCCACAAUAAAAUGGGAAGUCAUUAGUCUUCAGGAAUGCUCAUGCUUUGAAUACAAUUACAAACUUUUAAAUCAAACAUUUGAAAUGUCUUUUCCCUUAAGUCAUAUGCUGCAAUCUCUGCCAUAUUUAACAGUUCCAACAAGUAACUGAGAAAUUUUAAUUUCUGACAUAAAUUAGGAUCAAAUAGAAUAUCUGAUCAGUGGAAAUUAGUUGCCAGGUUUUUGACUUUACUGCUUACUUAUUAUUUUUGACGUAAUUUUAAGAGUUGCUCCUGGAAAAACAAAUCAAACUUGAAAUCAUUUUUUUAAAAAUUAGAAUUUUGGACCAAGCUGCGAUUCCCUUGAGUCAAACGCUUUGGUAUAUUUUUGUGGAUAAACAUACAAUUAGUAUUUUUAUCAAAAAUAUUAUUUCCACUGAGAUCUGUCUCAUUGAACAGAUUAUGAUAUGAAUAAAGUACAUGACAUAAAAUUUUUGCAUGUAAAAAAUACAAGCAGGAGUACUUCUUUUGGCCUAUCUGCCACACAGUAAACUUAGAGCUGAUCAUAUACCUCAAUUCUAAUUUUCUACACUAUUCCAUAUUCCUUGAUUCACUUAGUAUUCAAAUUUCUUUUGAUUUCUGCUUUGAAUAUACUCAAUGAUUAAGUAUUCACAGCUCUGAGAUACAGAAUAAUAAAGAUUCACACCUCCUUGAGUGAAUAAAUUUCUCCAAACUUCAAUCCUGAAUGGCCAGCUCAUUAUUUUGAAACUGUGACACCCUAAUUUGACACAAGUCAGAGGAAGCAUUCUCCCAGCGUCUACACUUUCAUGUCCAUUAACAAAAGAAUUAACAUUACAUUUUAAACAGAGCACAGAUUAUAUUGUGAGCAAAGGAAUCACAAUUGGAAAUUCUUUGAAUAUUGGACACAACAAAAAUGAAGGUUACACUGAGGCAUUAAUUAGACUACACCUUGGAAUACAAGAUUUAAUUUGGUUGUGGUGUAUUCACAACUAAUUUCAAAUGUAAGCUGGUAACCAAAAUUCAACCUGUACAGUUUGGAGAGAAGUUGGGUAAGGAAAGGAUUCCUCAUCAAUGAUUGCUUAAUAAGGUAGCCUAAAAUGUUACAGUUCAGUCUUGCCAGGCUGAGGAGAAGUUUCUACCUCUGCUACUUUUCUUGACUCUGAAUGCCAGUGCUACUAGAUUGAUUGUUGAGUCCCCUUCUUCUAGUUCAACUUGAGGGAGAGAAAGGCCAUUAUUUUUGGUGCGUUACAUUGAACUACAUUUUUAGGUCAUAAUUCUUUUACAAUUUCUGGCUUUGUGCUAGAACUGAACCAGGGCAUUAAUAUUUUUGACAUCGUUUGAUUUGAGCUGAUCUUUAACCAUCUUUCUGUAUUCUUACAACCAAUCACACACACUUACUUUCACCUCUCCAAUAUUGGCCCAACUAACUAUUCCAUUCCUACCUCAGCUUCCUUCCGAAUAUAAAAUAUUUGUGUACCUCCAGAGUUUUAAUAUUUCUUGGCCCUUUGUCUGGAGGGUGCAAUGUUCUUCAAGGCAUCUAAAGCUAGG